AUGGCGACUGAGAACGACCCUAACCAUGUCAGUGGAGUCAUGGCUGAGGCCCUGAGCCAUCUCAACAGGGUGGUGGAGCAUCUUCGAGGCGAGGAUGAAAACGAGGCAGCGAAUGAGAUCGCGAGAGAUGUUCAUUCCAUGCUGGACACGUUUAACCAUGUCACCACCCCUUGGAACCAAGAGCAAUUCCUAAUGAAACCUGUGCCUGCAGCAGACCCUGCAGUCAAUAUUCGCACCGCCCCUCCAGGAACCACGUCUACUUGGGCUGCUGUCGCCGCCACCGAUAUACCGAGAAACAACCGCCUAGUCAAAUUCCGACCUUCCGACGGUUUAAAGCGUCAGAUCCAGAAAGAAGAGGUGGCGAAGGAUGAAGACUAUCGUUGUGUCUGGAUAUAUGGCUGGAACAAGACUAGACCGCUGAAGGACGUAACCCAACGGGUCAGUUAUGGAGCUAUCUUCUCAAUGGUGUAUGUGGAACAGCAUCACGCGACUUGCGUCAUCUUCCAGUAUGCGAGUUCGGCUAUAGCCCUCGUGGAUGAGGAUUCAUACAGUCGCCGUGAUCACGGGGAAGGCUUGUUCGGACCAGGUACCGAGAUCAAGAUGGGUGAGCCAUAUCCAGAAAACGAUGAACUCCAGCGAAUGUCGGCCCCAAUCAAUGAGCGUCGCCGCCUUACAUUUGCUCGCCAGCAGCUUUUCACAAACGGUAUGAAUCAAGCACGGUUCACCAAAGACUUGAGUGACCUUGUCGGAGAACACAACAUAGAGUUGGUUUGGCUUUUCAAUACAGGGAACGCCACGGUCGUCUUCGCUGCAACUGCGAUUGCCCGCAUUGUUCGUGACGAAUUCAUCAAGCGGUCACGGAAGUCUGGCCCGUACCAGGAAGUGCAGAUUGGGUUCAGUCAUGACCCGUGCGAACGUCCCUUGAAUUUGAUCACCCAGAUCCCCUGCGCGGGAGAUGGGUACUUUGCAAAAGGUCGCGAUCGGAGGGAUAGUGCAGUGUCAGCUUCGAAUGUUCGCUCCUACAAUCCAACUGCACCGAAGUUCACCCCAGGAAAUGUUGUUGUGAAUCGAGGCAAGAAAGGAACUGAUACUGAUGGUUGGCAGACUGUCCACAGAAAACGCUGA